AUGAGGUAUGUAUCGAACAUCAAGGAAACGGGUUCGAUUCCCGCCGGAGAACAGCCGGAGAACAGUCAGAGAACAGCCGAAGAACAGCCGGAGAACAGCCAGAGAACAACCAGAGAACAACCAAAGAAAAUCCGAAGAACAGCUGGAGAACAUCCGGACAACAUCCGGAGAACAGCCAGAAAACAGCCAGAGAACAGCCAGAGAACAGCCGGAAAACAGCCGCAAAACAUACGGAGAACUGUCGGAGAACAGCCGGAUAAUGGCUGGAGAACAGCCCGAGAGCAGCCGGAGAACAGCCGCAGAUCAGCCGAAGAACAGCCGGAGAACAACCAGAGAACAACUGAAGAGCAUCCGGAGAACAUCCGGAGUAUAGCCAGGAACAGUCGGAAAACAGCAAGAGAACAGUCGGAGAACAGCCGGAGAAUAUCUGGAGAGCAGCCGGAGAACAGCCGGAGAACAGCCGGAGAACAGCCGGAGAACAGCCGGAGAACAGCUGGAGAACAGUCGGAGAACAGCCAGAGAUUAGCCGGAGAACAGCCAGAGAACAGCUGGAAAACAGCCAGCGCACAACCGGAGAACAACCGGAGAACAGCCAGAGAACUGCUAGAGAACAGCCGGAGAACAGCCGGAGAUCAAACUGUCGGAGAACAGCCAGAUAAUGGCUGGAGAACAGCCCGAGAGCAGCCGGAGAACAGCCGCAGAUCAGCCGAAGAACAGCCGGAGAACAACCAGAGAACAACUGAAGAGCAUCCGGAGAACAUCCGGAGUAUAGCCAGGAACAGUCGGAAAACAGCAAGAGAACAGUCGGAAAACAGCCGGAGAAUAUCUGGAGAGCAGCCGGAGAACAGCCGGAGAACAGCCGGAGAACAGCCGGAGAACAGCCGGAGAACAGCCGGAGAACAGCCGGAGAACAGCUGGAGAACAGUCGGAGAACAGCCAGAGAUUAGCCGGAGAACAGCCAGAGAACAGCUGGAAAACAGCCAGCGCACAACCGUAGAACAACCGGAGAACAGCCAGAGAACUGCUAGAGAACAGCCGGAGAACAGCCGGAGAUCAGUUGGAGAACAGCCGGAGAACAGCCGGAUAAUAGCCGGAGAACAGUCGGAGAACAGUCGGAGAACAGUCGAAGAACAUCCGGACAACAUCCGGAGAACAGCCAGAAAACAGCCAGAGAACAGCCGGAAAACAGCCGCAAAACAUACGGAGAACUGCCGCAGAACUGUCGGAGAACAGCCGGAUAAUGGCUGGAGAACAGCCCGAGAGCAGCCGGAGAACAGCCGCAGAUCAGCCGAAGAACAGCCGGAGAACAACCAGAGAACAACUGAAGAGCAUCCGGAGAACAUCCGGAGUAUAGCCAGAGAACAGUCGGAAAACAGCAAGAGAACAGUCGGAGAACAGCCGGAGAAUAUCUGGAGAGCAGCCGGAGAUCAGCCGGAGAACAGCCGGAGAACAGCCGGAGAACAGCCGGAGAACAGCCGGAGAACAACCGGAGAACAGCCGGAGAACAGCUGGAGAACAGUCGGAGAACAGCCAGAGAUUAGCCGGAGAACAGCCAUAGAACAGCUGGAAAACAGCCAGCGCACAACCGGAGAACAACCGGAGAACAGCCAGAGAACUGCUAGAGAACAGCCGGAGAACAGCCGGAGAUCAGUUGGAGAACAGCCGGAGAACAGCCGGAGAACAGCCGAACAGCCAGAGAACAGCCGGAGAACAGCCGGAGAACCGCCGGAGAACAGCCGGAUAAUAGCCGGAGAACAGUCGGAGAACAUUCGGAGAACAGCCGGAGAACAUUGCCCCAGCCUUUCCGCUUCCAUUUUCCAAAAGGAUGACCAAAAUCAAUACGGGCUAAGCGAAGGUGCCACCUCAACUGGAUAUACGUCAGAUAAGCAACACGCCCCCGCCUUCAUCCACCCCGAAGAAGCUGAUGUAACAUUUUACCGGGCCAUUUAG